AGAGGAUGUGUCAUUCCAUGGCUGAAGGCUGCUACAGCUGGGUGCAACUUUCUAAACUGCUUACAUAGAGAGACAUACAGACAGAGACAGACAGCAGUACACAGCCAGCUGUGGUGAUAUGAUGUCACUGCUGAGGAGUUUGCUGUUGUUCUACUUCUCAUUCAAUGAAUUGACCACAGCAGCAGAAGCCAUUCUCUGGGUGAAGACAGGGGAGAAGUUUACCAUGAAGUGCUCCACCACUCUAAAAGACCAGGAAGGAAUGUACCUGUAUGUUGGGCUGGACAGGGACAGGGAGGUGCUGUAUUACUACCAGCGUGACUCCAAGCUGUCCCCCAGGAAACGCUACUGGGACAGAGUGAAGACUGAGGGACCUGUGGACCAACUGACCAUCACCGUCAGUAACCUGACCAUAGAGGACACAGGUGUCUACUGGUGUGUUUACACAAAAUUCAAUGAAACCACAUAUGAAAAUGACAUCAACCAAGGAAGAGGCUCCACUCUGGUCGUGGUGAAUGACGAUGCCCUCCAGCUGCCAUGCCCCACAGCUACUGCAGUAACACUGACCCCCUUUCACCCAGCCAAAAAGAAGCCGUGCCCAUCCGGCGUGGAAAGCCAUCAGAUCAUCAUCAUCGUCAUCAUCACCAGCAUCUUGACCACCGUGAUAUGUGCCUUCAUCUUCCUCGUCUGGUUCGCUCCACCGGUGAAGAGGUGCUGUAACCAGGGAGGAUACACACCACAGGUCUUUCCUGACUCGGUCUAUGAAGACAUGGCCCGGAAUCACAUUUAUCCACCAGGCACACAGCAGGUAGAAUCGUACCCCUAUUCUGUGUCUACCAAAGGAGGAAGUAGGACCACUGUGUAGCUUCUUCAAAUGCUUUCUCUGAAUAUUGCUUCUUUACUUCAUCAGAAUUGACAAACCUGUUCUGCUGUGUUUCACAGUUCUAGCCACAAUGCAAGUCUUAUUGGUAAAUUGUUUGUGUGUGCGUCAUACCAUGCUUAUGUGUGUGAAUAAAAUCUCUAUAUGGAUAGUAUUCAUAUUUCAACAAAAGAGGGAACAUCCAGUGUUAUAUUCCAGUUCUAUUCAACUAUAUUCUUACGGGGGCCAGAUGUAAAAAAAAGUUCAUUGCAGGGGGGCCGGACAUUUUCCACAUGCGUCCCACACACACCAGUAAAGCACUUUUCUUCUAAUGAAAUGUUGCUAAAAGUAGUUGGGGAAGAAGUGGAAAGUGCUCGAUCAACGUGAGUUGAGGUGCAACCAAACAAUGUGGUCCUCAUUGAAAAGAAACCGGCUCAAUGCUUUGCUCAUCAUUUGAACUAUUGAAAGAUUCUUUAAAGUAAUUUGGUCAUUUGAAAAUCAUCUGACAACUAAGCAUCUCAGUAAAUAACAGAAAGCAACCAUAGUGCUUUUCAUUUUGGCACUGAACGUCGGAAUUUGUUGCCGAUCUUUUGUGAAUGUUCAGAAUUGAUCAGGGGGCUAAAUUACUGAACGGUUCAGAUCUGGCCCCCUGCCGCCAGUUGAAUAUCCUUGUUUUAGUCCAUAAGGUGCACAGUUGAUAGCGAUGGAGGCCUCCCUAUAACUUUUUUCAAUAGAUCAGGUAAUAAGAUUUAUAUUGCUGUUGUUUUAGUGUUUUUAGGUCACUGGACCACUCAUCAAGCUGUUCCUGUGCAUGUUGUCUGCACACAAAGUCAAAAGAGCUUCAAUGUUAAAAUGAGAACAUUUUGUUAAGAUUUUUAUUAUAUUUUAUCAUAGGUACAAAUAUUUUAGCUGCCUAAACUUUCAGGUACAUUAGGAUAUAAGUGAUUUUUAUAAUUACAUUUGAGUAAUCUAUUGUUUUAGUUGAGAUAGCUAGUAGGUUAAACCAUAAUGGUCUGAGUACAUUGUUUUCAUGCUGGUACGGAGUAAUGAGUGCGUCUUGUGGUUGGAAAAACUAUUUUUACCAAGUGACGUAGUAUUUGUUUUACACUAUGAGUCACUGUUUUUUACUUAUUUUUCAACUUCCUAACAGCUAUUUUCACUUUAAAUAAAUGUAAAUGUGUUUGUAUUUUUUUUAAAGGAAGAAAAAUAUUCUCACCAUUUUCCAUUUUAAUCAAAAUAUUGAUACAUCAUUGAAAGUCAUGUGAUAUUCCACUUGUGUAUGUCAUGUUUAUGUUGUAUUUGUGUAUGUGUAUCUGGCAUGCAUUGGUGAUGUUCAGCUAUAUUGCGUACAGUAUCAAUCGAAGAAAAGUUAAGACAGGAAACCAGAGUAUUUGUAUCUGCUGAUAUUGAACCAAUUAGAUUCACUCUAAUGUAAUAUGGCGGUCUAUUUAGUUAACCAGGUAAUGCACAUCAUUUCAUGAUUUCUGCUGCGCGCAAGCUAUGCACUGGUGUUCUUGGUGACAUGCUAUGCUGUAACAUGCGGUAGUCACCCUGCAUGUCUGCUUUCUGAUCACCCACCUGUUUGGGCACUGCUUUUGUUCCAGUCAGGGAGAUUGGUAUAGCAUACCUGGCUCACUGUUUGUUAUUAUGUUAUCAUUAUACAUGCUCUGGCAGUGAGCUACCCCGAAGGAGCAGAGCCUAACGCCAAGAGUAACGUAUUGACUGUAUUGUAGUCUUUUCUAAUCAAUGGUUAAACAAAUAUGUGACGUUUCCGGUCUGAAUCACUUUUAAUGUCCAAUUUACGUUUCAGUAUACAUGAGCAGCAUCAUUAAGUUGUUUUUGACACUACAUUCUACAAUCAUAUCCAAAAUUAUAACCAUAAGUCAAGUACAAUAUAAAUGCCAAACAGACCCAUGUAAGCCAGACCUGUGUGCUGCUGGUGACAGCAGCAUUUCUGAUGUGGUGGCAGCAGACACACAACCAUAUCCAACAUCCCAGGGAAACACAGUGCUUCCGUUUAACACGCCCACCAUUUUCAAACACCAACCACAGUGAGUGAAUACCUCAAUUCCAAGGCCCUCCACAACAACCAAACACACACAGCAUGACCUGCAUGACAUAUGAAUAUGGAACAUAGGCCGUAUCCCUAUUCUCACACUCUACGACUUUGUCUUUGUGUAAAUCUCAUUCUUAAAUCAGAAUGCGCAAGGUCUAAGUGGUACUCUCUUCUGAUUUAAAAAUGUCUUUAAAAAAUGGUGCAUGUUUUAUAACAGCAUAGUAUGAAAAUGCACAUACAGAAUGUUUAUUUUCGGCAAAAUUGAGUUUUUAUUUUCGGGUUAUUUAAAUACAAUGAUAUAAUUGUCCAUGGUGAUAUUACAGUUGGUGGUAGCAACUGGUAAAACAGUUAUUUUCAAUGGAGGCAGCUCAGUUGUCGUCCUCUCUGGAGAUCCCAGAGGAACACGGUAUGAUCCUGCGGAAGCGGCUGAAGAUCUUCCUAAUGAAGUUAUUUUGCUUCUUCGGCUAUUUGCCUCCAGCUCCGUCCUCUAUAAACAAUGAAAUACCGUUGAGUAUUGCAACAAUUUGCCAUGUUGAUGUAGAUUGCCUAAAUAAAUGUUUUUGAAAACA